AUGGGGGUUAUCUCGAGACGGGUCUUGCCCGCAUGUGGUAACAUCUGUUUCUUCUGCUGUCCUUCCUUGAGGGUUAGGUCUAGGCAUCCCGUUAAACGCUAUAAGCAAAUGCUCGCUGAUAUUUUCCCUCGUAAUCAGGAUGCUGAGCCAAAUGAUAGAAAAAUAGGCAAGCUUUGUGAGUAUGCGUCAAGGAAUCCUUUACGAAUUCCAAAGAUUACAGAGUACCUUGAGCGUAAAUGUUACAGAGAAUUACGAAAUGGGAAUAUCGGAUCUGUUAAAGUCGUCUUGUGCAUUUACAAGAAGUUGCUUUCAUCAUGUAAGGAGCAGAUGCCUUUAUUUUCGUGUAGUUUGCUAAACAUUGUCCCAACUCUUUUGGAUCAAACAAAAGAUGUCGAAGUGCAGAUCUUGGGUUGCAAUACACUUGUUGACUUUAUAAGCUUACAGACUGAGAAUUCACACAUGUUCAACUUAGAAGGUCUAAUCCCUAAACUUUGUCAACUUGCUCAAGAAAUGGGGGAUGAUGAAAGAUUACUCAGAUUAAGGUCAGCAGGAAUGCAGGCUUUGGCAAUCAUGGUUUCUUUCAUUGGUGAGCAUUCCCAACUUUCAGUGGACUUGGAUAUGAUUAUUUCUGUGAUUCUGGAGAAUUAUAUGGAUUUGGAGAAGGGCCAAGAAGACACCAAUGAAGUUGGUGAAAUUUCAGAAACUAAUGUUCGUAACAUGAGUGCAAAGGCUUCGUUCAAACUUAAUCCUGUGACUGACUAUAACUUGGCAAACAUGGAUAAUUCGAAGAGCCCUUCAUACUGGUCUAUGGUUUGCCUCUGCAAUAUAGCCAAAUUAGCAAAGGAAACUACAACUGUUCGUCGGGUUCUGGAACCACUUUUGAAUGCUUUUGACAGUGGGAAUUACUGGUCUCCACAGGGGAGCGUUGCCUCUUCUGUUUUGUUGUUUCUGCAGUCUCGUCUGGAAGAAUCAGCAGGAGAAAACUGUUAUGUGUUGGUAUCUUCUUUGAUCAAGCACUUGGAUCAUAAGAAUGUAAUGAAGCAACAAGGUCUUCAGGUUAACAUGGUUAAUGUAGCCACAUGCCUUGUCCUACAUGCGAAGCAGCAGGCUUCAAGCGCGAUGACUGCUGUAAUAGCUGAGUUGAUUAAGCACUUGCGGAAAUGCCUGCAAAAUGCAGCUGAAUCAGAUCUGUCUGCUGAUGAAACGAAGCAGACCUCUGAGCUUCAGCAUGCAUUAGAAAAUUGCAUCGCAGAGCUCUCAAAUAAGGUUAGUUGGACUGUUUUCUCUUUUUUAGAUUUUUUCAGACUGUUUAAUUUCUUUUGGUUUUGCUUCAAGGUUGGGGAUGCAGGUCCUAUUCUUGAUAUGUUGGCGGUGGUUCUUGAGACGAUAUCCACUAAUGUAUUCGUUGCUAGAGCCACAGCAUCAGCCAUUCUCCGUGCUGCACAUAUAGUAUCGGUGGUCCCAAAUGUGUCUUACCACAAUAAAGUAUUUCCAGAUGCCUUGUUUCACCAACUGCUCCUUGCGAUGUCACACACAGAUUGUGAAACUAGAGUGGAGGCACACAAUAUAUUCUCCGUCCUACUUCUUGGAACUCUUAGUUUGCCUUGGUCAGACCAACAUAAGGAAGGCUCAGAUGCUGUUUCUGAGAUAUUGCCAGUCGAUGGAACUUGUACAAGUGUUAAUUGUCAGUCCUUGAGUAGCUUACAUGAUGUAGAUGGUGGUAUAAAGUCGUUAUGUUCACUCCGACUCAGUAGUAAUCAAGUGAAUAUGCUCCUUUCAUCCCUAUGGAUCCAAGCAACUUCUACCGAGAAUACCCCUGCAAAUUUUGAGGCCAUGGCCAGCACGUAUAGUACCACUAUUUUGUUUUCACUAGCAAAGAGAUCAAAGCACACGGCUCUGGUGUGGUGUUUUCAGCUAGCAUUCUCUCUUCGAAAUCUCUCAUUGAAUCAAAAUGGAGGUUUGCAGCUCUCUCGUAGAAGAUCAAUCUUCACGUUUGCAACAUAUUUGCUCAUUUUUAGUGCCAAGAUUUCCAAUAUUCCAGAGCUAAUUCCAUUAGUCAAAGAAUCUUUAACUGCCGGAAUGGUUGAUCCUUAUCUUGUUCUGGAAGGAGAUAUCAGACUGCGUGCUGUGUGUUCUGGAUUUCCACAGGAAGAAGUGGCAGCAUAUGGAUCUGAGAAAGAUGGUAGUGCUACUCUCAACUCGUCAGUGAUUGUCACACAUGAUAGUCGCCUGAAGGAUCUCGUCAUCAUUCAUUUUACAUCGAGAUUUCCGACAUUAUCCGAGGAGGAGCAAUCAAAUUUGAGAAAGGAAAUUAACUCAGAUUUUUGCCGAGAUGAUGCACACCCGCUUGGUGCACCAUUGUUCAUGGAUGCAUCAGGACCUGCUUCUCCUCUUAAUCAAAUAGAACUUGCAGCUUUUGAAGAGGUUGAGCUUCCAGCAAUAGUGGCAUUCGAAGGAAUUUCCUCGGGUGCUAGUGGGAGUCAGUCUGGCCACACAACAUCAUUGUCCACAAACACUAACCCAGUAGAUGUUCUGAGUGUCAACGAGUUAUUAGAAUCCGUAUCAGAAACUGCCCGGCAAGUUGCAAGUCUUCCUGUAUCCUCGACUCCUGUACCUUAUGACCAAAUGAUGAAUCAGUGUGAAGCUCUUAUGACGGGUAAGCAGCAAAAGAUGUCUGUUCUUAGAAGUUUUAAACCCGAAGCAACCAAAGCUAUAACUUUCUCUGAAGACGAUGAGAAGGAGGAAGUGUUUCUUCUCAAGGAGACAGAAGAAGCUGAUGCAGAUGAUCAGAAGGCACUCACUGUGGCACAAGUCCAACCUCAAGUUCAGCUCGCAUCCUGCUCACACGGAGUGGAACAAAAUUCGUUUCGGUUACCUCCUUCAAGCCCCUACGAUGAAUUUUUGAAAGCAGCCGGAUGUUAG